AUGGCUUACUUUCUACUUCCUAAGUCUCUAUGUGUUGAAUUGGAGGCUGUUAUCACUAAAUUUUGGUGGCAGAAAGGUCAUGACAAAAAAGACAUUCAUUGGUGUACUUGGAAAGAACUAUGCUCAUUGAAAGAGGAUGGUGGACUUGGUUUUCGAAACCUUGCAACAUGUAAUGUCGCGUUGUUAGAAAAGAAGGGUUGGCACUUUAUUAAUUUUCCAAAUUCGUUAUUAGCUCGUGUUUUGAAGGAAAAAUAUUAUCUUAACUUGGAUUUCUACAAUGCUCGGUUAGGAACGUUACCUUCGCUUACCUGGAAAAGUGUCUGGGCAACAAGAGGGCUUUUGGAGAAAGGUAUAUGCUGGAGGUUUGGCAAAGGGAAUCAUAUUUUCGUUUGGGAUAAUCUGUGGAUUUCAGAGGAUGAAGCAGACAAAUUACAAAACCAAGAAAAUAAUGAAAACAUCAAAAAAACCAUGCAGAUUCCAUUAACGGAGACAGCAUACGAAGAUUUUCAAGUAUGGAGAGGUGAACUGUCCGGAGGCUUUAAAGAGGAGAGAAAGUUGUUACCUGGUGGGAGGGAUUCCAGAACACGUUCGUCAAGCUCUGGAGAAGUAUUGGCCAAGGAAUCAGGAUUGAGAGGAAAUGAAGAUGGAAAUUUCUAG